AUGUCGGUACCACCACUGCCAAUACCAUCACCAAGCCUACCCUCAUCUAGUGGAAACCCAUUGGCACCAUUGGAUUACAGCUUUCGAAUGAAUCGGCAGCAGUACUUCGGCUACCAGCAACCAGUGCGGACAGCAAACCCUCAUCCCGGGACCAAGUUCUCCUGCCUCGAGGGUGGUUGCGGAGCGUGCAUUGUCCACAUCGAAGGAACGCAUCCGGUUACCAGGCAACGGACCGCUUUCUCCGUCAACUCGUGUCUGUUCUCGGUGUUUUCCUGCCAUGAGCUGGAUGUUCGUACGAUCGAGGGUAUUGGUGGGAAACGGCGCGGUGCCUAUCAUCCACUCCAGCAACGGUUAGCGGAAGCAGGUGGAUCGCAGUGUGGUUACUGUUCUCCCGGUAUGGUGAUGAGUAUGUAUGGGCUGAUGGUCGGCAAUCGGAGUGAUGGCCCUCCAACGGAAGCCCAGAUAGAGGCAACCUUCGAUGGGAAUGUGUGCCGCUGCACAGGAUACCGACCAAUACUGGAGGCGUUCCGGUCAUUUGCUCACGAUCGCAUCACGACACCGCCCCCAGUGCCCGAUAUCGAGGAUUUAACGCUUUGUCCGGCAACGCGCGGCACCGGAAAAGUGUCUAAUGAGCAACCGGUUACCACGAAACGAUGCCUCGCAUUUGGCGAUGGUGAAAAGUGGUUCAAGGUGACGUCAUUAGGCCAAGCACUCGAGGUUCUUGAAUCAAUCAAAAUCGAUGAACAGUAUAUGCUGGUCGGUGGCAACACCGCCCAUGGUGUGUAUCGACGAAGCGAUGAUUUAAAGGUAUUCAUUGAUGUUAGCACGGUUCGGGAGCUUCGUGAGCAUCGCCUAGAGGCAAAGAUGCUCCACAUCGGGUCUGGUGUGCCGUUGACGGAACUGAUCGAUGUCCUGAACAGUGCCGCCGACAAUAAUCUGGGGUUCGCAUAUUGUACCUCGUUGGCGGACCAUCUCCGGAAGGUGGCCAACACACCGGUGCGAAACGUUGGCACGAUCGCCGGCAAUCUGAUGAUCAAACAUCAGCAUCCUGAGUUCCCUUCGGAUCUGUUCUUACUGCUCGAAGCCGUCGAAGCCACGCUCGUCAUCGUGUCGAGUCUGCAGGAAACAAUCCGUGUGGCACCGUUAGACUUUCUGAAGCUCAAUAUGGGCAAGAAGAUCAUCCGAUCGAUCGAGCUACCAUCGCACGAUCACGUCAGUACCACGUUCCGUUCCUACAAGAUCAUGCCGGUCGCCCAGAAUUCCCGGGCUACCGUUAACGCCGCUCUAAUGUUGCGAAUCUGCCCCGAGGCCCGACUGUACAGCUCCAUCCGCAUCUGCUACGGUGGCAUCAACCCAUCGUUCGUUCAUGCGACCAAAACGGAGGUCUUCCUGCAGGGCAAAAGCCUUGGUUCGAGUGAAACACUGGCCCAGGCACUUCACAUCCUUUCCGGGGAGGUAAAACCGGACGCAGUGUUACCGGAUGCUGCUCCCGACUAUCGGAAGCACCUGGCGCUGGCCCUGCUGUAUCGGUUUGCGCUCAGCGUACACCCGGAAAACGUGGGUCGCUUGAUGCGAACGGGAGCAAAUGGUCUCGAGCGCCCACCGGUCUCCUCUGGUCAGCAAAGCUACGAAACACACCGAAAGCGGUGGCCACUCACGAAGAACAUUCCCAAGAUCGAAGCGCUGGCACAGUGCGCGGGGGAGGCCGAGUUCAUUAACGAUAUGCCCACAUUACCGAACGAGCUGCAUGGUGCGUUUGUGUUGGCCACCGAGGUGCAAAGCCGUAUCGUACGGAUCGAUGCUUCCGACGCUCUGGCCAUCCCGGGCGUAGCGGCUUUUCUGUGUGCAAAGGAUGUGCCCGGUUUCAACAACUUUAUGCCGCUGGAGAUAGGUGCCCGGGAGGUGGAGGAGAUCUUCUGCAGCGGGCAGGUGAACUUUGUCGGCCAGAUCGUUGGGUUGGUGUGUGCGGAGAGCUUCGAGCUGGCGAACCGGGCCGCACGGCUGGUACGGAUCGAGUACAAGCGUACCAGCAACCGGUUGGUGCUGCCAACGGUGCAGGAUGUUUACGAUGCACUGGACUUUAGUCGUGUGACCGAUCAACCGUACGAUCGGCAUGGUGCGACAUAUCACCAGGCACGGGAAGGAUCUAUCACGCUGACGAGCCGCUUUGACCUUAAGGGUCAGUACCACUAUCCGUUGGAAACUCAAACCUGUCUGUGUGUGCCACGGCCGAAUGAAAUGGACGUCUACUCGGCUACCCAAUUUAUUGAUCACGUGCAGAUUGCCGUCUCCCAGGCGCUGAAGGUGAUGGAGUCGCAGAUUAAUGUGACCGUCAAAAGGGUUGGAGGAGCAUACGGUUUUAAGCUAACGUAUGCCUCCCAGGUGGCCUGCGCUUGUGCCGUGGCAGCUCAUCAGACAGGUCGUCCAGUCCGUAUGACUCUGCCUCUUGAGACGGCCAUGUGCGCAAUGGGGAAAAGGGCCGGAAGUGUGAGCGAGUACGAGGUAUCAGUCGAUCGAAGCGGGCGCAUCAGUAAGCUGAGCCACACGUACAUCCAUGAUGAUGGCGCAUCCAUGAAUCUUUUGCUCGGAGGCAUGACGAGUGACCUGUUCAAGAACUGCUACCGGACGAAUAGCUGGAAGCUGCGCGGGAAGAUCGCCCGGACGGAUGUACCGCCGAACACGUGGGCCCGAGCCCCGGGCACUUCAGAGGGUAUCGCUAUGAUCGAAAAUAUCAUGGAACAUGUUGCUCAUGCCACCGGCCAGGACCCGCUCCAGGUUCGGCUUGCCAACAUGCCGCAGGAUAGCAAAAUGCGCAAACUAUUGCCCCAGUUCCGGCGGCAGGUGGAUUACGAUGGGCGGCGUAGCGAGAUCGAGACGUUCAAUCGCGCAAACCGUUGGCACAAACGAGGAAUCGCCGUUAUGCCGAUGCAAUAUCCGCUCGAGAUCAAAUCGAAGAAAGGAGCAGUGGUUUCGAUCCACAACGACGACGGAACCGUAACGAUCGUGCACGGUGGGAUUGAAAUGGGGCAGGGAAUUAAUACGAAGAUGAUCCAGGUUGCAGCUUACGUUCUUGGCAUUCCAAUGGAGAAGAUCAUCGUGAGGCCGACUAACAGCUUGCUGAACGCGAAUUCGAACGCCUCGAAGCACAGCCAAGCGACGGAUGGUGUGGCAAUGGCCGUGAAGAAAUGCUGCGAAAUACUGCUCGAGCGUCUCAAACCUUACCGGUCGCUGCUGCGACCCAGAAGCUGGGAAGAAAUGGUCCGCAGUGCGGCCCUAGAUGAGAUCAAUCUGCAGGCGUCGUAUUUUUCCACGCCAGCCGACAUCCGACCGUACACUAUCUGGGGUCUGGCGUGCGGUGAGGUCGAGCUGGACGUACUAACGGGGCAGGUACUGGUCCGGCGAGUUGACAUCCUGGAGGACGUCGGUGAAAGCAUGAAUCCGAACAUCGAUGUGGGCCAGAUAGAGGGUGCGUUCGUGAUGGGCCUUGGUUACUACCUUACGGAGGCACUCGUUUACGAUUCCAAUGGGAAACUUUUGACCAAUCGUAGCUGGACCUACAAACCCCCCGGCCAUGCCGACACACCCGUGGACUUCCGGGUAUCGUUCCUUGCCAAGAGCGUCAACGAAGGCGGUGUACUGCGGGCCAAAGCAACUGGUGAGCCAGCCUUUUCGCUCAGCCCUGUCGUGGUGUAUGCGUUGCGGAAUGCCAUACGAUCGGCCCGGCUCGACGCUGGAUUACCGGACGUGUGGUUACACAUGGGUAGUGGCAUGACGCCGGAAAAGAUCUGCUCCCUGCUAGAACACUCCAUGGAGCAGUUCAAGUUGGAAUGA